AUGGAGGACACGCUUAAUGGAAUAGCUCAGGUGCAGGACGAACAGUCCUGGGGGGAGGCCCUGGAAGCUCGGGACUGCCAGUUGGAGGAGGUUCUCAUGGUGCAUCAUAACUCGGAGGAAGCGCUUGUUGGAAUAGCCCAGGUGCCGGACCAGAUGUCCUGGUGGGAGGUGCUGGAAGCUCAGGUCCUCCUAUUAGAGGAUGAGCCCCAGAGCAGAGACUCUGAGGCAGAGGUGGAUGAUGUGGCAAUUUACAAAAAGACAGCGCUAGAAGUUGAAGGGACCUCUUUGAACCAAAAGCUGUUCUCUUUGGCUCAGCUGGUGGAUCUCUUGUCCUGUGAGGAAGAACAAGGGCCGGAACCACUGAGGAACAUGGGAGAAUCCAAACACAGGGACAAGCAUGAUGAUGCUGAGGUGAUCUUUGUUGGAGUGGAAGAUGUAAAUAAAGAUGAUGAAAUUCUCUUUGUCAGAGUGAUUUCCAAAUCAAAACCAGUCAUUUCAAACAUUUUGAAUAGAGUGACCCCAGACUCACAUUUAAAAAGAAAGAAAAGCUGCUUGAGUCAAGAUCCUGCUUGCACAUUACAGCCUGCAAAUUGCAUGACCCCUACAUCAAAAGCAGCAGCCAUCUUCCCAGCUUCUCAAUCUGAAAGGGGAGCCAUAGAUAGUCCUCUUAUUUUUGAGCCUUCAUCUAAACCUGACUGUAAAACAAGCUCACCAGAAAUUGUGCCUGGCAGUUCUUCAGAUUCGCUCUCUUCAUGGUCUCAGGGUCUACUUGGAACUGUGUUUUCUGUAGGAGGCAAGGAUAAAAGUCCUCGUGAUUCAAAGCAACUUUUCACUUUGGAUAUAAACAGUGGAAAUCCCAAAAGACCUAAACUCAGUGAUGGACUCCCAGGAGGACAUUCAGCUGUAGCCCCUUCCAGUGUCUCUCCUACUGUAAACAUGAGUACAUCCUCUUUAUUAAGCCCUGUUCAGAAUGAAGCAUCAUUUCUUUGGUCUUAUACAAAUGACAAGGCACAUUUCAAUCUUAUGGAUUCAGACAGAGCAAAUAAUUUGGAAAGGUUGGAAAAAACAGACUUGCUGGAUCUAGCAAGUCAAAACAAGACUGUUGAUCCCAAGAAAGGAAAUCUGGUUGUGUUACUCCAUGACUUUUACUACGGACAGCAUAGAGGAGAUGGGCAGCCAGAACAGAAGACUCACACAGCCUUUAAAUGCCUCAGCUGCUUGAAAGUUCUAAAAAAUGUCAAGUUUAUGAACCACAUGAAGCACCAUUUGGAACUUGAGAAGCAGAAGGGUGACAGCUGGGAAAUCCACACCACCUGCCAGCACUGCCACCGGCAGUUUCCCACUCCGUUCCAGCUGCAAUGUCACAUUGAAAGUGUACACAUUUCCCAGGAGCCCUCCGCUGUCUGUAAAAUUUGUGAAUUGUCCUUUGAAACAGAUCAGGUUCUCUUACAGCACAUGAAGGACAAUCAUAAGGCUGGGGAAAUGCCUUAUGUGUGCCAGGUUUGCAACUACAGAUCGUCUGCCUUUGCUGAUGUGGAAACACAUUUCAGAAUAUGCCAUGAAAACACAAAGAAUUUGCUUUGUCUGUUUUGUCUCAAAAUUUUCAAAACUGCAACAUUCUAUAUGAAUCAUUGCUGGAGACACUGGAACAAGAGAGUCUUCCAGUGUUCCAAGUGCCGGCUACAAUUUUUGACUUUGAAGGAGGAAACGGAGCACCAAACCAUGAAUCAUCAAACAUUUAAAAAGCCAGAGCAAUUGGAAGGAUGGUCUCCUGAAACAAAGGUUAUUAUUCAAACUUCAAUUCAACCAGGAUGCAAAGGUGCAGCAUCCAUUACUAUGAAUAACAUUGACUCUCAACUGUCACCUCUUAAAACUAAAAGGAGGGUGACUAUGAGCACUAAGUAUUCCAGACAUCACUGAAGCUACAGUUAUUGUUAAAAAUUGUUCUGCCCACCUCCAGGAAUUCUGAAAGACAGAAUUGAGGUUAGGACGUCUGUACAUCAUGGCUGUAGAUGCCAGCAAGCAACAUCAACGACUGUCAGGAUUUACAGUGACAAAUCCGACCUCCUCACUGUCAAGAAGUAGCUCGGAAGUCUUCUUCAUACCCCUUCCCACUCAGCCCCCUCCCCAAAGU